AUGGCUCCGGGCACAAAGAGAAAGAGAGAUAGAGGGGGCUCACAUGAUGGACCGGAGAUUGAGGGUUUGAAGAAACGGAAAGUUGUCCGAAUCCGGGAAGCCAGACCGGAAAACGCCGUAAUCCACCAUCGCGAAGUUGAGGGGCGGGGUGAAGAGCCCUCCGGCGGCGGCCUCCUCGCGGAAGCUCUCGCCGCGGAACGACAGGCUCAGCUGCCGCGGCGGCGGAUGCUCCGGCGACGUCGACACCACCGUGACUGUGCGGGGUCCGCCAUCCCCGCCGCCGUUCUCCUCCUGCGUGCCCUGCUGCUGUUGCUGGAGCUUCGUCAUCAUUCUUCUUUUUUCGACAGACACAAAUUAAGCUACUGUUUUGGUUUUGGGGAUUGAGAUAAAACGUUGUGUUUUGAAAAUUGUAUCUUGUUUUUCUGACAGUUUGAUUUAUAGAGAUGAAGAUGAUGUUGUGAUGAAAUGAAAUAUUGAAGCCACCCCACUGGAUAGAGAGAGACGGUAAUGGUAAAGAUUG